AGCGAAUAUUGCAAACAUGAUCCAUGGAAUAUGAAAAAUAGUGACUUGUUGCGCUUUUCAAUCGUUCAAACUUCGUCCCGCGAUCGUUGCUAUGGCGACAUUCUCGGGCGUGUACGUGUCGCACUAUGCAGUAGAUGUUCGUAGGAAUGUGGAAGUUUAUAACUCUUGAGCACUACUAACAUCCAUCCUUACAAACAUAUGAAAUGAGAAGGGAAAUGGUGAAAUUAACAGGGUCGUCAUUUAUCAAAUCGGAAAAAGAUGAUUCCAAAAGUUACGGAAUUUCCAAGUCGGAGCAGCAAAAGAAAAAUACCCAUCUUUACCUGCAUGACAAAUUUCUGAAGUUCAUUGGUAAUAUAUCCAAAUACAGAAAACUGACCGUUCUCUAUUUGCAUAACAAUGACAUUACUAAAAUUGAAAAUCUGGAAACGGCUACAAAUUUAACUCAUCUCUACCUCCAGAGGAACAAAAUAUCCAAGAUAGAAAACCUUGGCAAUCUUAAUAAAUUAAGAAAACUGUACCUGGGGAAUAAUUGUAUAUCGGUAGUUGAAGGCCUCGAGUCUCUCUUAAGUCUUGAGGAGCUGCAUGUUGAAAGACAGCAUUUGCCAGAAGGAGAAACCCUCUACUUCCAUCCUCAGUCAGUUGAAGCACUCUCAUCAACUCUGAAAGUGCUGAAUGUCUCUGGCAAUGGUUUACAUUCCUUACUGGACUUGGCUCCUCUUCGUAAGUUGACAUUUCUUUCAGCAAAGGAUAACAGGUUGUUGGACGUGGGUGACAUCACAAAUGUUGUAAGUGGGUGGUAUAUUCUUUCUUCACUUGAGCUACAGGGUAACCCUGUUUGCAAAUGCCACCACUAUCGUGAGAAUGUAAUUGCAGCUGCCAAUAGGAUUGCUCUGCUGGAUGGUAAAUUUGUUCCUGAAACGACACGGGUCUUUGUAAAACAUCUUAUGAAAAACACUGCAUAUUACCAGAGACUGGAACGUGAAGGUGCCGUACAAAAAUCCGGAGAUGUGGAAGCCUUGACUGCAGCUGCCAAUAUAGCUCAUUUGACCAAUGCUGUGUCCCCAUAUGUUAUGAAAUCAGUCUCUCGUUCUAUUUUGCGUGAUGUUAUGCCUGGUGGUGACAGCCUGUCAGGUCACUCUGGGUUGGACACAUUCUUUCCACCAUGGCCAAGUGGAAACGUUCGAAGGGGAAAUACAUUAUCAAGAUCUUCCUUGUAUCAAACAAAACUCCAAUCUGAUGACAAAUCAGGUGGGAAGGAGCUCCCAGAAGACAUUAAUUUUUCAAAGCUAUAAAAAUGUGUCUCAUUUAUUUAGUGGUGUUCGUUCUCUAAAUCAGCAGCAAUACAUUUCCUAUCAGGUUUAUUUUUA